AUGACCGAACGAGGCGGUGAUAGGAUUGCCAAGCGCAUUUUUGUAUCUGUUUCGAAGAAAAGCCCCCAGUGGUCUCAGGCGUUAUCAAGCGACAAGGAGAUUGUCAACCUAGCAAUUGGUCAUCUAAACUCUAACGCCCCAUCUACACAGAUUGUGGAUGCAGACGCAAUGCUCGUCGUUAAGGAGAUAUGGCCUAUGCGGAUCUGGAUUGUCUUCGACAUAUUCAACAUCAACUACGACCCCUCCAAGGCCCAUCUUCCGAAUCAGAAUGACCUGCCAGUGAUCGCGAUAUCGCUCAGCAAGAAUACGAGUGUGACAGUUGCUAGCAUUGGAUUGAGGGACAAGGUUAAUCAAGGAGUCCGAGACGCCCACGACCUGCAUGGCUCUGUUGAGGUCUUACGCCUCAUGUGGCGGAUCCAUUUACCUACAGUCUCCCCUCAAUGCUCAGCUUUGUCUGGGUUGCGACUCGAUCCCGCGUUGCCCAAGGAUCUCGGUCUGUUCUACGAAUCGGAUUGCCUUGGCGGCUGCUUUGCGCUUGUUUUGUAUGACCCGGAGAUUGUGUCGUCCUGGAAGGGCUCCGAAUUCCUGACGUCAGAGUUGUCGGAACCUGCGGCAUCGCAGCAGGAUGUGCGAGACCGUUUGUCAUCCUCUCCAGCAGGGGCACUUGGCAUUGAUGAUGCCUGGUACUCUUCAGCUGAAGAGGAAAUCCUGGAGUCCGAUCUUUUCCGUGCGCAUCUGGACCAGACCAGCAGUGCGCUGUGGCGUUUGCUGAGGCUUUCGUAA